AUGCGAUGGCGAUUGCUAUUGGAAGAGUUUGGUCCCAACUUCCAUUACAAGCCGGGCCCCCAGAACGUCCUUGGCGACGCCCUCAGCCGGGUGCCCACUUCUCGCGAAGAUCGUGACCCUGCCGAUUCCGAUCCCCUCUCCACAUCUACCGAUGGCUGCUAUUCCAUUGUGGAGGAGAAUCAGAGGUUGGCUGAAUGUUUGAUGCAUCAUCCAGACGAUGGUAUGGAAGAAUCUUUCCUGGAGCAUCCUACAUUUGACGGUGAAGGACGGAAUCCCUUCAAUUUCUCGGUUCUCGCGGAGUACCAAGCGGCUAGUGCAGUCUUGCAACAGACCGUGAUGUUUGGAAACAGUGAGCUGAUAUGCUUUUGUCAGAAUGACGAGGACAAGAUUGUCCUGACAAAAGAGUUGCUUCCCAAGUUGGUCAGCUUCUAUCACAAGUCCAUGGCACAUGUCGAAGGCAUGGAUCGUUUAGAACAAACGAUCAAGACACAUUUCUACCAUACUAGAGGUAUUCGCGACGAAGUCCGAAAACAAAUGAGCAGUGCAAUUGGUCAAGUAUUGAGAACCAUUGUGGUCUCGCGCGAUCCCAAGAGUGUUACUGAUGGGAUCAAGGUCAUUUCCGAAACCUUGGCGACAGCGAUGCAUGCUCAUCGUUGUUCCGUGCAGAGUAUGAACGCGUAUCUCACUCCUGGUCCUCUUGCCUUCAAACGAGAUAUGUUUCUUGACAUUCCUAUUUAUGCAGACAUCCUGGCCGUGCAACGACACCGUCAAUCUUUGGUUGACAAACGUUUGCUGCGGGCCAAUGCUAAACGCAUUUCCUAUGACUACGCGGUCGAUGAUCUGGUCUACAAGCGUGCGUAUCUCGGUCUCAGUGAUAAGUUGAAGCCUACGGCUUCUGGUCCCUACCGUGUUUCCCGCGUUCAUACCAAUGGCAAUGUAACGAUUCAGCUCAGUCCUCAUCAGUUCGAGCGCCUGAACAUUCGGCGCGUGUUUCCAAAGCAUCCAGUACCUCCGGUUGCCACCGGUCCGGGUUAUUGA